AUGUUGUACUCUGAAGUUAGUCCAGAUGCCUGUAUUAUCGGAAUUCCUUGUAUUUGGUCCAAUUCCUUGUAUUUGGUCCUGUACUUAUGGUUCGUGCAAGCUAAGUUCACUGCUAUUUGGUGACAUUUUAUGAAGAAACUUUGUUUAAGUUGGGGUGAAUGCUUAGAUUCAAUGAAAAAUGCUGCAGAUUGAUGUAAGGAUCAUUAGUCAAUCAUAUGAUCUAGAGAGGUGGACUCUUUUUGAGACAUUCUUAUUUUCCUACAGAGUGUGGGCGGUGAUAGUUUUUUAGUAGCCAGGGUAUGCUUAGCCUUAAUGUUGACUUGCAUGGUUUUGGUGAGAUUAAUGUUUGGGCAUAAUGUAAAUAAAAUCUGAGGCCAGAGCAAACACAGAAUAACUUUCCAGAAUUUGGUCCUUGACCUCACUGUAAGAAAGGACCGAUUCCUCCUUAGCAUCCGCCUUCUUUGUUACUAGUGUUACAACUAUAAUGAGGAUAUUCUUGCCACUUAUCUUUUUGCUUGGAUAUUCGUCAUUUAAACUAAUGUUUUUUGCAGUCAAAACAGGAGGUUAGAGCGAAGGACGAAGAAGCUAGUAGUGGUGAAGGGACGGUUGAUCCUGGGCAAAAUGAAGCACCUCACAGUUAUGUACAUCCAGUUGCAUUUGAUGCAGGUAGCAAGCGGUGCAGAAAACAAAAGAGUUCAAAAAAUAAAAGAAAUGGACUUUUUACUCCAGGAUCGAAUGAUGGUGAUGCUUUUUUUUUUUUUUGAUUAAUUAGUUUUCGCUGACUUCUAGUAUAGAAUCUACAGUUAUGUGUUUCUCACAAAAGCAUGCUUGGUUGCCCUCUCCUCAUGUUGUCCAGAUGCUUUGCAAUCCAUUAGUAGUUGCCGGUAUGAUAGUUCUUUAGGUAAGACAGCCUGACCACGUUCCCAAUGUUACAUUUCGACUGUUUUCAUACAUUUUUAGUUAAUAUAUUUUUUUCUCUUUAAUAUCCGUUAUAGGUCUGUUAACAAAGAAAUUCAUUAGUCUGCUUCAACAAGCAGAGGAUGGUACUCUCGAUUUGAACAAAGCAGCUGAUAUUUUAGAGGUAUAAGUUCCAUCAAAGCUGUUGACCAUCUCGACCUGCUAUUUUCUAUGCCUCUGUAUUUUCAUUGAGCUACUGUCGAAUUUGGUUCUUUAUUUUUUUUGUUGAUCUGAUAGGUUCAGAAGAGAAGGAUAUAUGACAUAACGAAUGUUCUUGAAGGAGUAGGACUGAUUGAGAAAAAGCUAAAAAAUAGGAUACGUUGGAAGUAAUUGUGCUCUCCUUGUUUAUUUGGUUUUAUAAUUUUAAUAUGGUACACCUUCUAACUGCACGUGAAAAAUAGGGGACUUGACAUGCCGAGACCGAAAGAGCUAGAGGACCAAAUUGGUGUUCUGAAGGUACACAUACUAAAAUAUGCUAUUUCACUGUAUUUUCAUUUAAUUUUUCGUGCUUUCUUUCUUCAUAUUUUUGCCUAGAUUUUCAAUAUUCAGCCAACAGGAGGAACAUAAUGUAUAUGAUAUUCUCAUGGGUUUAGAACUUUGAUGGCUGGUUAUUUGAUUUUGUUAUGCAUCGUGGUCCCUAGGGUUUUGUGUGGAUUUGGAAUGUAUCUUGCUUUCUUUAGCCCUUCUUGCUAGUCUUUAGUUUAGAAUAAUUCCCAAAAAAUUCUCUAAUCAUGUUAGUGGCUGCUAAUUAGUUGUACGAUAACCACCAAAUGUGCUGAAGUGCGCGAACAGUCUCGCAUUUUUUCCUCAUCGUUUGGGCAAUAUUCUGAUUACUAACAUCCCUCAAUCUUGAGAUCCUUUAUCGUGAGUUAAUCACAGAUCAAUUAUCGUGUAAAUAUAGUAAGUGUUGGUAACGAUUUGUAAGAGUACAACCAAACCAUAAAAUUAGUCGGCAUAAAUGUGCAUUCAUCAUUUUCAAUUAGUUCUUCUCGGCAAUGCUGUACAUCCUCUUCAAAGGCCUUUACCUACUCAUUUUGGAAUGCUGAGAUGGAAACCAUCAAUUUACGGAUACGUAUCUAUAUUAUAAAUGCACCCAUAAAGUAUGUAGUCUUCUCGAUUGCUUCAGAUGCGUCAGUCUUCUCCAUACAAUUGCCAAGAAAGGCAAUUACUACUAUCCAGUUUCAUUUUAUGAAGUUUUGUGGUCACACUGAGCAAUAUGCCAUGCAUGAAGUAAUUUUCAAAAUUUAUUUGGUGGAUGCCUUGUGUCCAAUCCGGAUGAAAGUUUGUUCGGGAAGCUUCCCAUCUUCUACUGUUCUCUGAAGUGGUGCAUUACGGUCAAAGAAAACUUUUUUUAUUGUCUUUUGGUGAUUCCGAUCUUCAUUUACCAACUGUGUAGUUAGUGUUUAUUUUCAUCUAUAGCUCUCGAGUCCUCAUGCGAAGAGUUAUUUUACGAUUUGCUUCAUGUGUGUCAGUAGAGUAUCUCGUAAAAGGUUACUCCAACUCGUCGUCCUAUUUUAUUUUAUUUUUUUCCAGAUCAGUAUACUUUAAAGAUAGCUUGCAAAGUCCUUCACUGAAGCUUGCUUCUCAGUGUUUAUAAGAUAGGAUCUACACUGUGAAUUGAACGGGCGGGCUCCAUUUCAUUGGGUGCUCCUUAAUUUUUAUCAACUCAUCUCCAACUUUCUAAUGAGUUGAUGCAUUGUUUGUGAAUUCUUCAUAAAUAUUUAUUCGACCACCAUAUUUUUUUAGAUUACAGAGUAUUGUUCUAGGCCUUGUGUAUUGGAUUCGUUGGCACCUUGAAAAUUUUCCAGUCAUAGUAGAAUAAAAGCUCGGUCGAAAUACUCUCUGUAGUCACAUCAGUGGUACAACUGCACUUUCCCGCUUCUUUUUAAUGGAUCUGUUGUGAAUCAUGUUCUUGACCUCGAAAGGGUUCCCUUCCUUUUUGCGAUCACCUUUACAUAAAAUCCUCUCGUCCCUCGUUGGGUCCUAAGACUCUAGGUUGAUGGGAUGAGGUUCAUCUUUGUUUCUCUUCAUUUUUGCAGGCUCAUGUUGAAAAUCUUUCCACAGAAGAAUACAGUCUUGACGGGAUGAUCAGGUAUACGGUUUUAAAUUGACUUUCUGAUUGUCUUCUCGAAAGUGACUAUCAGCUUUUAGUGCCUUCAUUUCAGUUGUGCUUACCAUGGUUUUCCUUCCUUUUUUUUUGGGGUGGGCAGGGAAACGCUGGAGAAUUUGAGGUUCUUGAGUGAAGAUGAAAACAACAAAAAGUAAUGUUGCCGGAACCCUCCUCGCCUCUCUCACUGUGCUAAUUAAUUCUUUUAUAUCGUAGCUAAUUGGAUCUCUAAAUCAUUCAGAUGGCUUUAUGUCACCCGUGACGACAUCAGCAGUCUACCCUGCUUUGCCGUAAGCAUGUCUUGUUCUAUACCUUUUUCUAUACUUCUACCGUUAUUCCUCCUGUUGAAGUUAAUCCACCUAUCAUCCUCUUAUUCUGAUGGUAGAAUGAUACGCUUGUUGCGAUAAAGGCCCCUCAUGGGACAAGUCUCGAGGUUCCAGAUCCGGAUGAGGUACGGGAGAACAAAAGAAUUUUUUUGGCCUCCUCCGUCUUCCUCCAAAAGUUGUAUACACAAGUACAUGUAAUUGAUGGGUUUGUUGUUGUGAACAGGCAAUUGAUUUUCCCAACAGACGGUACCAAAUCUAUUUGAGAAGUUCUGUGGGCCCCAUCGACUGCUAUCUAAUCAGGUGAGCUUUUUUAAUUAAUGGGAUGAAGGGGACCGUCUAAGAACACAUCUUCUGUUCUGAUACUUUGGGCUCGGUAGCUCCGUUGACAGCAACCCUGACGGCGGGUUGGAGGCCGCCACCAGCAGCCAUGAUCCACGGCAGGCGCCAAUGGAGGGCGUCUCCGUUGAGAAGGGCGAUGCCCGCGGGGAUGAGGGGCCUCCGCUUCUACCGGCCGAAUGCGCCACCUCCGAUGCGGAUGACAAGGUGGCUGGCCACACGGCUUAUUCAGACGCCCUUUGCUCGCAGGAACUAUUUGGUGGCAUUAUGAAGAUCGUGCCAUCAGAGCUCGACGUAAGUUUUGGGUGUGUGCGUAAAUGUAUAGGUUGGGCUUGGGAUUAAUGAUGACUCCAGCGGAAAUCGUCACCUCUUCUUGUUCUUGUUUGAAGCAGAGCAACGCCGACUACUGGCUUCUGUCGGACCUCGGAGGGAGCAUCACGGAUAUGUGGACAGAUUGUAUCCUUCAUGUCUAG